GUCUAUGGAAUCGUUCCUAUCAAACAGCAUCAUCGUCAUUUGUCAUUUCUGUCAUCUGUCAUACUAGUAAAAAUGUCAACGUCAACAAGUAAACAAAAUAGGUCGACCGAUUAUCGUGUCUGUCGUCGUCACGAACUUGUGGAUUUUUAUAAGAAUUACGGGUUUUGUUUAUUCGAUUACUAAUUUACGUUUUAAUUGUAUACUGAACUACAAAAAAGGAGAAGAAUUAAAGGAAAAACUUGAUAUAUUUGUGCAAUGUCGACUUUCUCGGGUUUCAGUGAAGAAGAGUUGAAAAGAAUAAAAUCCGGCGAAACUGGCUCGAACAGCGGUCGACAAAUCAACAUGUCAAAUGUUAGAAAAAUUGACAAAAUUGGUGCUAGACCAAAGAGACCCAUUAACGAAUUCAAACAGUCAAAACCCAUCCUAAAAACCCUGAGCUCCGAUGAUGCUAUAGACAAUAUACAGUUUGACAAAUGUAAACUUAGCUUGAGAUCGCCGACAACACCGAACAAUGAUACAACAAUAGAAACAUUAAAUAAAAAUAAUAAAGAAAAUGUUGACAAUAAUGAUAAUGUUAGAACAGAGUCUAAUAAAGAAACUAGUGUAGAAUCUAAUGUUAACAACAAUGAUAAAAUUAACAAAAUGGCUACUGAAAAUGCUGAAGUAAUAAGUGAUAGAAAGCAAAGUAUAGAUGCACCACCGGAUAUUGUGCGAGGAGUUGAGAAUUAUUCUGAAGAUGAACUGGAGAACCAUAAGAUGAAGUUACAUGAACUGCAGUUGAGACAGAAGUUAAUGGAAGAACAGAAUAAGAAGAGGAAAGAGAUGCUAGCUAAGGCUCUAGCUGAUAGGACAAAACAAACUACAGAAGAGGUGAUGAGACUGGAGAAGAUUAAGAAGGAGCUACAAGUACUGGACAGUCAGUUCUCACAAGAUGUUUCUGUACUGAGACAGAAGAUCGAUCAGGCUUGUUUGAGCUAUGCUGACGCAGAAAAACACUACUUGAAAGUAGAGAAAGAGUUCCUGCAAGCGAAGAUACACUUACAAAAGGAGAAGGAGAAAAAAGAGCUACUAACAGAACACUUAUGUGCUCUAAUCACACACAACGAGACAAGAAAAGCUCAGAAACUAGAAACUUUAAUGUUAGAAUUAGCCACAGAUAAGGAAAAAGUAGAAAAAUUGGACAAGGUAGAAGUGAAUGAAGUUAAAACGGUUGAUGAACCGAUUAUAGUGGAUGGUGUUGAUGAACGGACUGUGUUGCAAGAAAAUGUUUCACAAAAUGAAGAUUCCCAUCUGAGCGUUUUUCUGGCUGCAUCCACAGCAACUCAACUCUCUGGACUCUAGGAUCCAAUGCAAUGACUACACAAGAUGCACUUAUGAUAGCAAAUAAUGCAUUCAAGUACACAGGACAAGAAAUUCAGAAGUAAAUCAGUGCAAACAAAAAUUUAUGGAUUAAAUCAAGUUACAUCACCAUUGAAACCUUUCAGUAAUUCAGUUUGUACAUCACCACUUAAAAUAACGACUUGUAAUACUAUCAAGCCAUCACCCUCCACCUCAUCUAAGGAAAGGAAAUUAUUUGUUACCCAGGAAGAAUAUGACAGUGAUAUUUCAAAUACACCAUCAGUGAGGCAAAAACAGUCAUCACCGGCAAUAACAUCCCUCCAAAUAAAAUCUAGUUCGGGCAGCAGCAACUUAAUUAUAUAGGAUAAAAUACAAGAGGCAU